UGUGGACAUGGUGGGCACAGCAAAAAAACAUUCCAUAGUGAUUUUGCUGGUGGACCUCGGUGCAGUUGUCUGGGUCCACCUUAGCCUGCACUUUGGAACAUGUGUUCAUUUAGCAGAAGGUAAUUUUCAUGCUUCCACGCAGGUUAACUUAAGUUGUCGCCUGAUUGGUACAGCAAAACCUAGUUAAUGCAUAGCCAUUUAAAGUGUAAUAGCGGUUUAAAUGUCUAAGUGAAAUCCUCACCCUGCUUCCCUUCCUGGUGAUCGGCAUAUAGGGAAAUCCACAGUGCUUAAAGAAGCUUAUCUGCCAUAUGGGUGGGGUAUAAGGUAAAGUGUUUUCUUUCCCAAAAAAGAAACAUGCUGAUUGGGAUCAACAAUGCAUUGGCCUACGCCAAUUUACAAAGCAUGGCGGCCAUCAAGCUGCUGUGCUUGCUGCCCAAUGUUACAGAACUUGCCGAGCCUCAUAAGGGCAUGAUCAGCUCUCUAAACCAUAGCUAUAUAAAAGAAAGCUACUUAUUAGGAUGCAGCUUACAAUGGAGAACAAUGUGUGCUUAUAGAUAUUCUGGGCACCAUAUAUACCUGCUCAUUUGCUUGUGUAUGGUGGUUUGGCCCAAUACCUUGCAGAACGGCUUUGUGCAAACAAAAUUCAUUGUGCACGAAGGAGGUGAAUACAGUCAAACCUCGAUAUAUCGAACACGGAUAUAUCGAAUUAUUGCGUAUAUCAAACACUUUCUAUAUCACGUGGAAAAUCGCAUGCAUUUUUAAUUUAUUUCGAACGGGGCCGGAUGUAAAAUGGAUAUAUCGAACUCCGCCGCUCCAGACCAAGUGCGCUCUGUUGACAGGAGGCGAGCUUUCCCGCAACACUCUCGAAGAUAGCGGCGGCGUGAUGGGCGUUCCAGACUGCUGCGUACGACAGCGGCCCACGUCGGUUGCGCCGAGGGCGCCGUUUGAACGUAGCGGCGUACGCACAAGGUGGCUUGGCGUGGCCGUGGCUUGGCCAGGUUGGCUAGUUUGACAGCGUCAACGACACGUGCGUCUCAGUGCUGCCGCUUGUGCUACGCCAGUCGUAGUUAGUGCUUGUGUGGUUGGUGUGAUGGCUGCGAACGCGAAGAAGCAGACGACCCUGACAUUUGCUGCGAAAUUGGAAGCGAUACAGCGCGUUGAAAAUGGAGAGAAGUCGAGCGUCGCCGAAGCUUUCAACAUGCCAAGGAGCACUUUGAGCACUCUGCAGAAAAACAAGAGUGACAUAAAGGCUAAGGCGGAACAGAACCAGCACUCAGGCGCGCGGCGGGUGCGCAAAGCUGCCUUUGAAGACGUCGAGAAGGCGCUGUACAAAUGGUUUGUCGACGUAAGGGACCGGAAUAUUCCUUUAUCGGGACCAAUGCUCCAGCAGAAGGCCAAGAACUUUGCGUUCAUUUUCGGCGCCGAGAACUUUAACGCCAGCAGCGGUUGGCUGCAACGUUUUAAGGCCCGCUUUAACAUUGUCGGGAAGACAGUCGCGGGGGAAAGUGAGGACACCAAUAAAGGCGAGAUCAAGAAGUGGCUUGAACAUGAGUGGCCUCAGAUUCUCGCCAAGUAUGAGCCCAAUCAGAUAUUUAAUGCUGACGAAACGGGCCUGUUCUGGCAAAUGCUUCCAUGACAAACGCUCGAUAACCGCGGAGAGAAGUGCCACGGCGGCAAGCAAGGCAAGGCGCGUAUCACAGUUCUGUUGGCUGCUAAUAUGGACGGAAGCACGAAGCUGCGGCCGCUUGUCAUAGGCAAGUUUCAAACCCCGAGGUGCAUGCGCAACUGCCCCAGCGUUCCGGUUACAUAUGCCUGGAACAAGAAAUCGUGGAUGACUCGGGACAUUUUCCAAAAAUGGUUGAAGGCAUGGGACUCUGAGCUGGCGCGUCAAGGCCGGAAGGUUUGCCUCAUCGUCGACAACUGCACAGCACAUCACACAGAUGUCCAGCUGAGCAGUAUUGAAAUUCAUUUUUUGCCGCCGAACACGACGUCGAAGCUGCAGCCAUUGGACCAGGGCAUUAUUCGCGCUUUCAAGUCCAUUUAUAAGCGUCGGCUGAUCGACAUUUUGCUACUCAAGCUGUGGAUGGGCGAAGAGCUAAAGAUAGACCUUUUGGGUGCCAUUCAAAUGCUGAAGGUCUCGUGGGACAACGUCAAGCAGUCGACAAUAGUUCACUGCUUUCGGCAUGCGGGUUUCGUGAGCCACAUUGAAGAAGCUUCCGAGCCAGCAACCCAAGAUUUGACGUUGGAUGGCACAGAGGAAGAAUGCCAGCUCGAAGAAACCUGGAGCCAGUUGGAGCGCUUUGUCGGUGCUGAGCCACACAGCAUGUGCGUUGAGGACUUCGUUGGCGGUGACGACAGCACCGGAACAGUGGCGGAGUUGACAGACGUGGAGAUCGCGGCAGAAGUGACUGCUGAGCGGCCAAACGAAGACGCUGCCGAGGUUGAUCCAGCAAGCGCUGAUGUUGCCCCGCUCCCGACUGCAACUGAGGCCAUAGCUGCGUUGGCCGUUGUACGCCGCUACUGCGGCGCAAUAGAAGGCACUGGACUGUCUCUUGUGGAUCGUUUGGACUAUGUAGAGGACGCCGUGGUCAAGCACGCGGUUGCCAUUAUGAAGCAGGCUACACUGCUUCAGUACUUUCAGCGCACGCAAUAAAUACUUUGUUUGAAGCUUCAUGUGAGUAUCUAUUGCGCCACGAUUGGUUCAUUGAUUGAUUUGCGCUAGUUUUUGACGCGUUUUCUACGUGAUUUUAUAUAUUGAAUUCUGGCUAUAUCGAACUAUUUUGCGAUCACCGCGGUGUUCGAUAUAUCGAGGUUCGACUGUAUGAGGUUGGCAAGGACACCGAAGGCUACAGAAGCUUCCUUGCAGAGGUAUUGGAGUGGCAAGGUGGCACUAAGUAAUUGAAUUCCCACACAUUCCAAGAUGUUGAUAGCACUAUCGUAGCUGCUUUUUUUUUGCACAUUGUGCAGCUUUUAGUGAAAAUUAUGACUGUUUAGAAACAGAUAAUCGUCCUUCAGUAUCUGACAUAUGCAUUGACAUGUUGAGGGUGUUCACAAAAUAGCGGAGCCUGAUGAUCAAACAGGCCUUACCAAAUUUCAGGAUGCUAUCAUCAUCCCAACCCUACAACUGCAGCAAGUGAAGACAAGGUUUUCUUGCUGCUUCGUCGCAAAUAAAACUGGUCUGGCUGUGUGCGAUUCAGUAAAGUGUGACAGUUACUUAAUGACCAGUGUGUAGCUGCAAAUAUGUCAGUUGUGUUUAAUUCAUAAUGUCUUAAUUCCUUAGUGUGCCUAAUCCUCAUUCCCCACCAAAUCGCAUAAGCAAGGUUUUACUGUAGUAGUGUGUUCUUACAAGUUGUGAAUUUCGUGGCACUGUCAGCAAUCUUAACCUGUCCUUUCAUUUGGGUCCAUGCAGGCAUAGUGAUUAGUUUAUACAACUGCCCUUGAUUAAGCCAUAUGAAAAGUUGGCUUUUCAAGGGACAUUCAAAUGGGAGGGAGCAUUACUGCAUAGUUAGUUUGUUCUAACCCCUUCUACUGUCUAUGCUUGUACAACAGACUUUUUGAAAUUGGACCAUAUUUUAGCCUUAGUUUAUCAUACUUAUUUUAUUAAUGCAACGAAGUUCGCUUUUAAUGGAUCGCGCUACAACGAACUACCGGCUACA